AUGGCUGGACGCGCAGUCUUGCUGGCCGGAGGACCGGGGACAGGAAAAACAGCUUUAGCCCUCGCCGUAUCGCAAGAAUUGGGAACCAAAGUGCCUUUCUGUCCGAUUGUGGGUAGCGAAGUGUUCUCAGCAGAGGUCAAGAAGACGGAAGCUCUAAUGGAAAACUUCCGCCGGGCAAUCGGUUUACGUGUUCGUGAGACCAAGGAAGUCUACGAAGGCGAAGUAACGGAGCUCACCCCGGAAGAAGCUGAAAACCCAUUAGGCGGCUAUGGGCGAACGAUAAGCCAUUUGAUCAUCGGACUUAAAUCAGCUCGAGGCACUAAGAAGUUAAGGCUAGAUCCAAGCAUAUAUGAAGCUAUUCAGAAAGAGAAGGUCGUCGUCGGAGACGUCAUUUACAUCGAAGCAAACACCGGUGCCUGCAAGCGAGUCGGACGUUCUGACGCAUACGCGACAGAAUUUGAUUUAGAAGCUGAAGAAUAUGUCCCGGUUCCCAAGGGCGAAGUGCACAAGAAGAAAGAAAUCGUACAAGACGUUACGCUCCACGAUCUUGAUGUUGCAAACGCCAGGCCACAGGGUGGCCAGGAUAUAAUGAGCAUGAUGGGCCAGUUGAUGAAACAGAAAAAGACCGAGAUCACCGAUAAACUACGGCAAGAAAUCAACAAAGUCGUCAACCGCUACAUCGACCAAGGUGUCGCCGAGCUAGUCCCCGGCGUCCUCUUCAUUGACGAAGUCCACAUGCUCGACAUCGAAUGCUUCACCUACCUUAACCGUGCCCUCGAAUCCACCAUCUCCCCCAUCGUCAUCCUCGCCUCUAACCGCGGUCACACCGUCGUCCGCGGAACCGGCGAUAUCGUCGCCGCCCACGGCAUCCCCCCCCGACCUCCUCGGCCCGCCUCCUUCAUCAUCCCCAACCCAUCAGUACAGCCAGAUGAAAUCAAACCAUCAUUUCGCCUCCGUCCAAGACGGAGAGCCUCCGGAUCACCGACGCCGCCUUGGAUAAAGUUGCCGCCCAUGGCCCAAAGGUCAGCCUUACGAUAUGCUUUGCAGCUGCUCACUCCCGCUAGUAUACUUGCACGGGUGAACGGACGACCCGGUGGGAUUGAAGAGGCGGAUAUUGCAGAAUGCGAGGACUUGUUUAUUGAUGCUAAGAGGAGCGCUGAUAUUGUGUCAAAGGAGACUGGGGGGUUUAUUUCCUGA